UUGCUAUGUUUUUUUUUCUUCAUAUUUUUGCUUUCUUUUUCAGGCUAACGAAUGGUUGUCCACCUGCCGCACCCGUCUGUCUGUGACGAACUUAGAGAAAAUUAGUGAGGAAUCCGUAAAAGAUGAGAACAGUCGGUCAAAUGUCCAACGCAACCCAUCUUCGAAAAACAAUAGCAAUCAAACGAAUUAUCGACGUCAAACAAAACGUCCAGUUAGCGUUUCCGGUUAUCCUGGACUAGAGCAUUAUGGGAGAUCUGAUGCUUUCCGAUAUGAUUUAGGGUGUGUGUCGAACAGAUUGGUAAAAUGGACCAAUCCUUUGGAGAAUAACCACAACGAAUUAGAGACCUUCUCCACCAUGCGCAGAGCUAGUUUUCAAUGUCAUGCUGUACUUACGAAGCAAAAAGGAGAAAUGUCACCUUUAACAGCCAGCAGGGAUUAUCCGAGUCCCAUGCAUGCUGUUUUGCGUCAGUAUCACUCGAAAAUUGAUGAGGACGAUAGAAUACUCAACGCAGGUAGUGAUAGCCAGAGAAAUGUAAGCAGUACGAAGACAAAAAACCAGAUUUGCAACUGUCUUGGGGUCUCUAAAGACGUCAAAAUUAACAGGCGGGGUUCAUUUACUGUAGGUAUGAACUACAAUAAGGAUUUUCGAGUUUCUCAGUUCGAUCCUUUACUUAGGCGAGCCAGCAGUUCUGAUAUCAAGAAAGUCAGCCGUAGAAGUUUAGAUUUUUCGCAGUGUCAAUUGAAGCAGAGGUCAGAAGAACCAAGAAAAAUAGCGCAAAAAGCAAGUGAUAACAACACACACAAAUACACAGAAUAUCGACCGCAAAAUGACGUUGAUGGGAAUCAGAGACACGUCGAUAAGCAGUCUGGAAUCCGUGGUCUAAAUAAAAAACAGGACCACUUGUCCAAUUCUAAAGAAAACUCUAAUCCAACACAGAAUUUUUCACGAAGUUCAAAAACUGAAGAACAGAAAAAAAAUAUCGUUCAACUGGAGAGCUCUGUUUGUCGAAACACAGUAAACCUUGAGAAAAAUAGCAUAUCAGAAUGUAAUAGAAAGAGGGACACGAAGAGCGACGGCAAUACAGAACACUAUUCUGAGGAAUUCAGAAAGGAAAAUAAUUUAAAGAACGAGAAUAACAGAAUACCUACAAAACACAAUUCUCAAACGGAGAAUGACAGUAAUAGAAGCUUCCAUAUUGCUAAGGGAGAUAAUCUCAGUUUCACUUCCGAUGAGGGUUACGGAGCAUCAUUGGCCAGCACGCCCAGAGAACGACGACAGUUGAGUAUAUAUUCGGACACCAGUUGGAUCUCAGCCGAUACACAUGACAACAGAUCAUGUGACUUCAAUUGUGAGAACAAAAGCAACGAUACGAAUCUCAUUGUAAAUCCAAAUAAAAGUUCGAGAUAUGUUUAUAAAAGUGGAGUGAAUGUGUCUGCAAAUAACUGGAAUUUAAAGGGCACAACGCCCUUUCAAUCAAAGGUACUACCAUUCAAACAGACUUCUUUGUGAUUUGGUACUCAAUCGUCAGUGCAUAUUGUUACCAAUUUUGCACAAACACGCAUACACACACACACACACACACA